CAUAUAUAUACACAGACCGUGCCCUGCCACAAAAUUUGUAAUGCAAUGGCAAUAGAUUGCAUCAAAACCAUGCCAUCCAUAACCACCCCUCAUCACCACCCAAAAGAUCAGGAUCAAUGCAAAGAUGAUGGCAAGUCUUUCGUUUUUGAUGCACAAGUUCUUCGACACCAGACAAACAUACCACAGCAGUUCAUUUGGCCUGACCAUGAAAAGCCUAAUAUUAAUGCACCUGAACUCCAAGUCCCACUUGUAGACCUGGGUGAUUUCCUCUCUGGUAACCCUGCUGCUGCAGUGGAAGCUUCAAGACUUGUUGGUGAAGCAUGUCAAAAACAUGGUUUCUUUCUAGUUGUUAAUCAUGGAGUUGAUAAAACACUCAUUGCCCAUGCUCAUAAUUACAUGGACACCUUCUUCGAAUUGCCACUUUCUGAGAAACAGAAGGCCCAAAGAAAGAUUGGCGAGUCUUGUGGAUAUGCUAGCAGCUUUACUGGCAGGUUUUCCUCUAAACUUCCAUGGAAAGAAACGCUUUCUUUUCGCUACACAGCUGAGAAGAAUUCAUCAAAACACAUCGAGGAAUACUUUCAUAACAGAAUGGGGGAACCUUUCGCUGAAUUCGGGAGGGUGUAUCAGGACUACUGUGAGGCCAUGAGCACUUUGUCACUAGGGAUCAUGGAGCUAUUAGGCUUGAGCCUUGGUGUGAGCAGAGAACAUUUCAGGGAAUUCUUUAACGAGAAUGAUUCAAUAAUGAGGCUCAACUACUACCCUCCAUGCCAAAAACCUGACCUUACUUUAGGCACCGGUCCUCAUUGUGAUCCAACUUCUUUAACCAUCCUCCAUCAAGACCAAGUGGGUGGUCUUCAAGUGUUUGUGGACAACGAAUGGCGUUCGAUUAGCCCCAAUUUUGACGCUUUUGUUGUUAACAUUGGUGACACCUUCAUGGCUCUAUCGAAUGGUAUAUACAAGAGUUGUUUGCACCGAGCAGUGGUGAACAGCCAAACACCAAGAAAAUCUCUUGCUUUCUUUUUGUGUCCAAAGAAUGACAAGAUGGUAACUCCACCACAUGAAUUAGUGGACACAUGCAAUCCGAGAAUAUAUCCAGAUUUCACAUGGCCUAUGUUGCUCGAAUUCACACAAAAGCACUACCGAGCUGACAUGAAGACACUUGAGGUGUUCACAAACUGGCUUCAUCAACGAAGUUUUAGCUGAACAAGUGGGUCAAGUGAUGUAUCCCACAAAUGCACUUGGGGGCAUGUUAUUGGUCUUUUUCUUGGAAAAAAAAAAAUGAAAGUGAUGUUGAUGGGAGAGGAGAGGAGACGAAAGGGAAAGAAAGGAAUCUGGAAAGAGAUGGGAAUUUUGUUAAGACUUGGAGAUCAUCAUCCGUGCAUGAAGAGAUUGCAAAAGUAAUUAGAGGCCAAUUCUUAUUUAUGUCCAUAGAUCUGGUAGUUAAUUACUAGCUAACUUAUUUAUUGGUCAUGAACAAAAAGUACAAUCAUAGACCAAUAAAGAGUUGGAUUAGCUAAUUUUUUGUAUUUUCCUUGGUAAUAUAGAAAAAUUGCCA